AUAAAAAUUUAUCGUCAAAUAAUAUUAAAUGACAACGGUGAUUAACGAUUUGUAUUUUGUUCCGUGUUCGACAGUCGACGGUGUAAUUGAAACUGGAAAGUGUCAGCGUAUUAAUUUUAUUUUAUUCGCCGAUUCGCCUGUUCAUCAAAUCGCGUAAUCUAAUAGUAUAGUCCUGUCCGUAAAUUCAAAGUCGCCAAUAAUGAAAACAUUGAAAACUGUUGCGAACGAGGAAACCGAUAACAAUAAUAAAGUGUCCAAGAAAGGCAUGAGGAAGUUUUUGCACAAUCUGCAACCUUCAAGUGGUGGCAAAGAAAAUUUAGUGGGUGCUGGCAGGACACCGCAGGACAUGGCGAAUGAUGUAAAAACUAUAAAAUCGGAAUCGACUUUCGACAAAACAGAGGUAUGCGUUAAAGAAACAUCUUCUGUUCCUAAAGUGAAUUCGUCUUUGUACAAAAAAUUACUUACUGAAGAUCUCACCUCUGUAGCUGGUCCAAGUGAAAAAUACUGGGAAGUUAUCGCUGAACGUCGUAGAAAAGCUUUAGAAGAAGUAUUAGACGCAAAUGAAAAAUUACAAGUCAUGGUUAUUGCUUUACAAGAAGAAAACAUGUCUUGCAAGAAAUUGAUUGAAAACACUACUGAACUCGUCAAUACACUUAAGCAAGUGAUAAAUGAGAGUCAGACUUCUGAUGACGACGAUGAGCCAUGUAAUGAACAGGGAGACAGUGGUUUGAGCACGCCAGACAGUUGUUCGAGUGUAAAACAUAUACAUAAGAAAAUGAAGACGUCGCAUUCAAAUAAUUGCUCAGAUAGCGAUUAAGAAAGUUUAAUUGUACCUGUAUUUAAGUUCUAAGUUACUAAAAUAAUAAUACCAUAAUUUAUAAAAAAAUAUCACAAGUUUCUAGUAGGUUUAUAUUAAUUUAUUUAUU